CGCUGGAGGGCUGAAUCGUGAGGGCUGUGGGCAAUUGGCUGUGGGACGGAAAUCCGCCUCUUCGUUCUUCUUGAGACGAUUCUCAUCUCCAUGGUAAGCACGCCACACCUCGUCACUCACCCGCACAAGUCAUUCAUGUCAUGGUCGCUUUCAAUUGGUCGCUUUGUUUGUUCGUUGAUGCAGUAGAGAUUGAGGAUUGAAAUGGGUGGGCAGGCGCCAGCCGCCGGAGUCCUGCUCCCCGGCUGGGUGCGUUGGGAUCCUGCUUCCAGUUUCGUGACGACCCAGUUCCCCGAUGACAGCAUCAGCGACAGCACCCGGCUGCUCGCCCUGAGCAUCGUCUGUCGGACAAUCACACCGGAGCAAGUCUAUCAACUCAUCCAGCAUCUGGGAGCCGACCCAAACGUGGUCCUCUGGAUGCGGGCGGAAGGCGGUACGGGAGGCGAAGUGACCGCCUGUUCCCUCUUGUCAUGGGCCAUCGACGGCGACAUCGACAACACCAUCCCGUCCGCCUGGGCUCGAACCAGUUAUGGCAUCUCCCCUAUCGUCUUGCCGCGCUGGUCGUCCGUCGAGCUCCAGAAUGCCGUCCUACAGAGGCUGAUCAUUAAUGGAGCGGACCCCAGCCGAGGAUUCAUGCCGCCCCUGCGCAUCGCCAUCCAGGCAGGGAACGAGGCGGCAUUCAGGCUUCUGCUCGACCACAAUGUGCCGCUGGACAUGGAGAUGCUGACGCUGCCAGGGUCAUACGAUAAUGCCAUGAUGCCGGGACCGGAUCAGGAGCGGCAGCUGCUGUCGAUGUAUCGGCGGCUCCUCCAGCGCGACAGCUCCCUCGCGACCCAGGUAGACGGAGCCUUGCGGAACGUCCUGCACCUUGCGGGCGGUCGCGCGCAAGGGUGGUACUCCCAGGCCUUCAUCGACGAUUACAUCGGCAUGGUGAUCAGCAACGGGGGUGACAUCAGGCCACCCAACUUCGGUGGGAACACUCCAUUGCACUUCGCUGCGAUGUGGGGGUCUCAUCGUGUGGCUUUCAACCUGUGUAUACGCCUGUCGUCCGAUGACAUCAACAGAGGGACACCAAAUGACCCCGCCGACACACCGCUGGCCGCUGCUGCUCAGCGACUCGAUUUCUACUUCGAAGUACAGCAGCAGCAGCAGCAGGAGCAGACAGAGGUGCAGAGGGAGCGGCGCGAAAGACUCGUCCGCCAGCAGGAGGUCACCAUCCCUGUGCUGCUGCGGGCAGGGGCAGCGCCAUCGAUUGCCCUCAUGCCCACCGCCAGCGAGGAGCAGCGCCGUCAGCGAAGUCUCCUGCUGCCCCACUACGCCACAGUGCUGAACGAGCUGCCCGAGGUCGUCAUGUCGGCCAUCAACGCCGCCCUCGCCCCCCAGCGCGACCGCUCGAUGCUUCUCGCCCGUCUGCUGCCCCUCGCCCCCCACCACGACGGCGCCCACCCCCACCCCUCCCCAUCCAACAUGGCAUUCGGCCCACACGAGGCUGAGGCCAUCGCAUGGAAGAUCGGGGCCUUCCUGGACGAGCCCCCCGCUGCUGUGGCCGCCAUCGACCAGUACCUCAUCGGCGAGUCGCUGCUGAGGCGCCGCGUGCGUGCGGCCGUCGGCCACUUCGUCAAGUCGGCGGCCACACAGACGAACAGCAACAGGGAGGUGGUGGGCGGGACGAGAUACCAGCAGCAGGGCGACAAGCGCGUCAAGGUGACCGUCCCGCCGCUGCAGUGCUUCGCCGUGAAGGGCAGUGGGGGGAAGUUGUUGAUGACGGGUGUGCGUGAGGUGGUGCACCGGGCCCGGCUGGACGAGGUGCGGCAACACGGGCUGGAGGGUGUGGUCAAGGGCUUCAAUGAGCAUCUGAGCGACCAGGACUGCCAGUUCGAGUGGGGCCAGCUGGGGCGCCUGUCGAGGACCGGCCUGUUCGUCCCGCUAGGAAUCGAAUGAUGACGGCACUGAGGGCGGGAAGGGCGACACAUACGUGUGUGAUCGUCUCGGUGGAUUCAUUGUCCAGUGCAUGCUCAGAGUCGACUGUCUGUGCGUCGUUCAGCGGACUGCUGGUAUUUGUUUGUUCGUUAUCGAUGGUUGCAAUGGGACUCGUCUUCAUCCUGUCAAUUGUAU